UUACGCUGUGUGUCUGUUUGCAUGCUCACACAUUUUUCCACUUCCUUUCUUGCUUCGGCAUCGCCUCGUGUUCAAUUGGAAAAAUUGAUAUUUUGUAAAAUUUUGUUCCAAAAAAUCAACUAAUUAAUUUCAAAAUGGCUGAACCACUCGAUUUGAAUACAGCAUUGCAAGAAGUUUUAAAAACUUCAUUAACCCAUGAUGGUCUUGUAAAAGGUUUACAUCAAGCAACCAAAGCAUUGGAUAAACGUGAAGCUUUGCUUUGUGUAUUAGCUUCGAAUUGUGAUGAACCAACAUAUAUCAAAUUGGUUGAAGCACUUUGCGCUGAACAUAAAAUUGAUUUGGUCAAAGUUGAUGAUAAUAAAAAACUUGGUGAAUGGGCCGGUAUGUGUAAAAUUGAUAAAGAAGGCAAAGCCCGUAAAGUUGUCGGAUGUUCAUGUGUGGUGGUGAAAGAUUGGGUCGAAUCAACACCUGGUCUCAAUUUUCUAAGACAAUAUUUAAGCGAAAAAAAUGUUAAUGCUUAAAUGCUAAAUAUUCAAUUUUUUAAAUUUUUAUUGAUUAAUUAAUUUCAUAAA